CACUCCCACAAUGCACCGGGCAGAUGUAUUAACAUGGCGUCAGUGGUUGCUGUUUUGAACAGGGCCGUGGGAUUUGAAAAGGACUAUUUAGAACAGAACCAUGGAGACAGCUAAACAUUAAAUCGAAAUCAACCACAGAGCUGUAAAUAUUAUUUAUUUCCCGUUAGCUAGCCGGACGACCGGGCACUGCGGCUAACGUUCGUUAGCUUACGAAAAGAGCUAACAGCAGUCGGUUAAGCAAAGAGUCCCCAGGAAGUCGACCUGCGUCCUUCCUACAACACAGGAAAUACAUUUUGGUUUUAAUGACUUCAGGUGGCCUGCGUCCCUCUUCAUCCUCAGCGUGGUGUUGACUCCACCAGGCACAAGAACAGCAGGACAGGAGGGAUGGAGGAGUCCAAAAGUCCAGUAAAAUCAGGCAAACAGUCACAUCCCAGAGGAGCCAAAGCUUUGUCCAGUGACAAGUCAAAUAAAGAGGCUCCUGCGCAGAGAGAGGGUACCAAGUCUGCACCCCGCAGGCCAGAAAACCUCACUGCUGCAAAAGAUGAACAUAAUAUAGGAAACCGCGGGCCAGGCAAGACCUUGACGGAUACCCCACAGGAUAAGAGGAGAGGACGGCCCUCCAGGCUGACUGGAAGGACGAGCUCUGGGGAGAGGGGGAAAGGAAAGGUGGCCAUCUCCCAACAGCAGCUGGUGGCCCAGGCUCUGGACCCCAGGCCGUCCUUCUCUGCAGACAGCAGCCCCUCAGCAAACCGAGAGACCAGCUCUCCUGAGAAGAUCUCCGCUGUAGCUUCAGCAAAGGAAAAGUCCCAUGUAGGGGUGAAAGCUGCUGCGCUGAUGCAUCAGUCUGUCCAGAAGGGCACAGAGGCGAGGCCCACUGUGGAGGAAGGACCCCUGACGGAGCAACAGCUGGGCCUCCGACAGGCUGAGGAGCGCCUCUGCAGAGACUACAUCCACCGACUGGUAAAGCAGUCCCCGGAGUACCCGAACUAUCAGUACUUAUGCAAGCUCUGCUCUGUGCACAUCGAGAACAUUCAAGGAGCACACAAACACAUCAAGGAGAAGAGACACAAGAAGAACAUCAUGGAAAAGCAGGAGGAGAACGAGUUGCGCGCCCUGCCGCCUGCUUCCGCCGCCCAGCUCAGGGCUGUGGACGCCGCCGUCCUGGAAACAGCUCGGCAGCAUGGGAUCUCCGGGGAGGACUUCGAGGUGCGGAAGGCCGUGGUCACCAGGAUGGAGGAGAUCAUCAAGAGGCACCUCUCAGCUUGUUCUCUCCGUCUCUAUGGCUCAUGUCUCACCCGAUUUGCCUUCAAAACCAGCGACAUCAACAUUGAUGUCACCCACCCUUCCUCAAUGACACAACCUGAGGUUUUGAUCCAAGUGCUGGAAAUCCUCAAGAACAGCCCUGAAUUUUCUGAGGUUGAGUCAGAUUUUCAUGCCAAAGUACCUGCAGUGUUCUGUCGAGAUGUUUGCAGCGGCCUGAUGUGUAAAGUGAGUGCAGGCAAUGAUGUCGCGUGUCUCACCACCAACCAUCUGGCUGCCCUGGCUAAACUGGAGCCCAGACUGGUUCCCCUGGUGCUGGCCUUCCGCUACUGGGCAAGGCUGUGCCACAUCGACUGCCAGGCCGAAGGCGGCAUCCCCUCGUACUCCUUCGCCCUCAUGGUCAUCUUCUUCCUGCAGCAGAGGAAAGAGGCCAUCCUCCCCGUCUACCUGGGCCGCUGGAUCGAAGGCUUCGAUGUGAAACGUGUGGACGAGUAUCAUCUGACUGGAAUCACGCUGGACAAGUUUGUCCGGUGGGAGCGCAGACCUCCGAGCUCCACGGAUGGUCGAGGGGAGAACCGCAGCGAGGCCAAAGGAGAAGGCCGACCCAAACCGGAGCACAAGAAACCCGACGAUACUCAUUAUUCAGAAGGCAUAACCCGGCUGACCUUGGACGUGGUUAAAGAUGUGUCGCUGGGCCAGUUGUGGCUGGAGCUCUUGCGUUUCUACACACUGGAAUUUGCUCUUGAAGAAUACAUCAUCAGCAUCCGCUUAAAGGAGCUGCUCUCCCGGGAAGCGAAGAACUGGCCACGCCGCAGGCUCGCUAUUGAAGAUCCUUUUGCCUUGAAGAGGAACGUUGCACGAAGCUUGAACAGCCAAAUGGUGUUUGAGUACAUCCAGGAGCGCUUCCGUACGGCUUACAAAUACUUUGCCUGCCCUCAGAGAAGAGGCACUGGGGGGCGCCAGAGGAGCAAGAAGGCAGUCAAGCAAGGUGCAAAACUGGAAGAGUUGGACAGCAAGGAGGCCAUGUUUAUGAACAAGGAAGACGGUGACAGGAAGGUUGACCAAAGUCAGAGGGGCCACCAGAGGCUCAGGGAGGACGAGGAGUCUGAGAGCGAUGAUGAAGAUGGUUCAGAUCCGUCCUCAAAAAAGACUUUAGAUGCCAGCCUCAUGGACAUGGUUCUCAGUGAGGGGGACAAACCUUCCCUCUCCCCCAACGGCCUGCUGGACAGUGACAAGGAGGGGGAGGAGGAGGAGGAGGAGGAGGAGGAAGAAGAGGAAGAGGAGGAAGGCAGAGUGUCGGACAAGGACGGAGCUGUCUCAUCAGAGGAUCUGCACUAUGUGUUUGAUAAGAUGAUUUUCACUGGUGGGAAGCCACCGACUGUCGUGUGCAGCAUCUGCAAACGAGACGGACACCUGAAGGACGAAUGUCCCGAGGACUUCAAGAAGAUUGAGCUGAAGCCUCUUCCUCCGAUGAACGACCGCUUCAGAAGCAUCCUCGAUGGGCUCUGCAAGCUGUGCUACUAUGAGCUGUCUCCCACUCAUCCUGAGCAGCAGAAGAGGGAGCAGAUCCUCGCCAGCCUGGAGCGGUUUAUUAGGAAGGAGUAUAACGAUAAAGCUCAGCUCUGCUUGUUUGGCUCCUCCAAGAACGGUUUUGGCUUCCGUGACAGUGACCUCGACAUCUGCAUGACUCUGGAGGGUCACGAGACUGCAGAGAAGCUGAACUGCAAAGAGAUCAUUGAAGGCCUUGCAAAAGUGCUUAAAAAGCAUACAGGUCUGAGGAACAUCUUGCCUAUCACAACAGCUAAAGUGCCUAUUGUGAAGUUUGAACACAAGCAGAGCGGUCUGGAGGGAGAUAUUAGCCUUUAUAACACCCUGGCUCAACACAACACCAGAAUGCUGGCUACGUAUGCAGCCCUGGAUCCACGUGUGCAGUUUUUAGGCUACACGAUGAAGGUCUUUGCUAAGCGCUGUGACAUCGGCGAUGCGUCCAGGGGAAGCCUCUCCUCUUACGCUUACAUCCUGAUGGUGCUCUACUUCCUGCAGCAGAGGCAGCCGCCAGUCAUUCCCGUCCUGCAGGAGAUCUUUGACGGGACGGCUGUUCCCCAGCGGAUGGUAGACGGGUGGAAUGCUUUCUUUUGUGAUGACCUUGAUGAUCUGCGUCGGCUCCUCUCUGAGCUGCAGCCGAACACCGAGUCGGUGGGAGAGCUGUGGCUGGGACUCCUGCGCUUUUACACAGAAGAGUUUGACUUCAAGGAGCACGUCAUCAGCAUCCGCCAAAAGAAACGCCUCACCACCUUUGAGAAACAGUGGACCAGUAAAUGCAUCGCUAUCGAAGAUCCGUUUGAUUUGAAUCAUAAUCUCGGUGCUGGAGUUUCCCGCAAAAUGACAAACUUCAUCAUGAAGGCGUUCAUAAACGGGAGAAAGUUGUUUGGAACUCCGUUCUAUCCCGUCCCCGGUACUGAAGUGGAUUACUUCUUUGACUCAAAGGUGUUGACAGACGGCGAGCUGGCGCCCAAUGACAGGUGCUGCAGGAUCUGCGGGAAGAUUGGACAUUACAUGAAGGACUGUCCAAAGAGGCGCAGGGUUAAGAAGAAGGAAAACGACAAAGACGAGGACGUGAAAGAGGAGGAGCGGGAGCAGAAGGACCGACGAUGUUUCCAGUGUGGCGACAUGGGUCACGUACGAAGGGACUGUCCCGAGUACCGCCACCUCAAACAGAGAACCGCCGGAGCACCAGUUUACAUGCUGUCUGAUUCUUGUCCGGCCCCUCACACAGUGCGAACCACAAUGAACUCCCAGUCCAUCCCCGUUCCACAAAUCCCUGCAGAUGGUCCUGGAAGGACCAGGCAGCCCUCUGAAUGUCAGUCCGACAGUCGGCAGACUCCGCCCUACUCCCCACAGCCUACAGGUGUUUCCCAGAGUUCGUCCCAGUCCACCGGUUCCCCCCAGCCCUCCCACAAUAAGACCAGUUCUGCUGGUCCCCCGAAGCAGCCUGCUCACCCCCAGGUCCCCCUGUCUCUGUUCAGCUUCCCAGCCUCCCAUCCUGCCCAGUACCACCCGGGGACGCUCACCGCACUGGGGCUUCUUCCCCCCCACCAGCACCAGUCGCACCACUCCCAGGGGCAGCCUCAUCACCCGGUCCCCAUCCCUUCCACCUCCUGGCCCAUCCACGGACCAGUCCUCACCACGUCCUCUCCCACCGCCCCCUCCCCGCCCGGUCUGAAAUUCACCCUGCGUUCGCCGUCUGGGAAUGGGAGUCCCACCGGCUCAGGGGGCAACCCCAGCCCCAUGAACCUGAAUGACCCCAGCAUCAUCUUCGCCCAGCCGGCGGGGAGACAGCUGGGCAUCGGUGGGCCAGGACGGGAAGGACACUGGCACAACCAACUGGCACAACCGGGGUCACUAAUGGGCAAUGGCACUGUAGUCAAGUCAGAGUCAAGCCACCCAGCCCAGUUUGUGGGUGUGAGCCAAGGCUCUCGGUUAUGGGAGCACAAUAAAGCGCCACAGUACGCCCUGUCUCCAUCCUGGCCCUACCGCAUGCCCCAGAACUUCAUCCAGCAGGGCAACGGAGGCUACCAGCCAGGCAAACCCUUCGUGUCCCAAGGUUCUGUGGUGCAUCCCAAUCCCAACUUCCCGCUGGUCCCACAAGUCCGACAUCAAGUAAAUCUGAAUUUCAUCCAGCAGAAGAAGUGAACUCGCAGCUCCUUUUAAAUUAGAUUUAUGGUCAGUAACGUAACAAAUCAAAAUUAUGUACUCUUUGCAGCAUUUGAUCACAGGAAUUUUUAAAAUGAAUUUUAUCAUUUUUGUACAGUUUUUAUGUUUUAUUUUUUUGUCUCAUUACAUUGAUUUGUGAUACAAAUGUCAAAUAUUUUAAUACCCCCAUUUUUGAGGGGGUCCAAAAAAAUUGUUUUUAUUUUAUGUGUAAAGUAAGGAGGAAAAAAAUGUAAACCUUUAUUUUUAUUAGCUGUAUUCAUACUUUGCUUGCCACAAGAUGAAGGCUUUGAAUAGACGUUGUUUUAAAAACAAUCUAACAUGUCACCCGCAGUAUGUAGUGCCAAAAGCAGGGAUAGCAAGAAAAAGGGAAAAAAAACAUCUUCAAUAUAUAAAAGCUCAAAAAAAUAAAGAAAAAAAGCAAACAA